AUGUGGGGGGCCCGCCUGGGGCUCCUGGUCUGCCUCCUAUGCUGUGCAGCCAGAGCCUAUCCCAACGCUUCCCCGCUGCUGGGCUCCAGCUCCGGAGACCUGACCCACCUGUACACGGCCACAGCCAGGAACAGCUACCACCUGCAGAUCCACAAGGAUGGCCACGUGGAUGGCACACCCCACCAGACCAUCUACAGUGCCCUGAUGAUCAGAUCGGAGGACGCCGGCUUUGUGGUGAUCAUAGGCGUGAUGAGCAGAAGGUAUCUCUGCAUGGACCUCAGAGGCCACAUUUUUGGAUCUCAUCACUUCAGCCCGGAGAGCUGCAGGUUCCACCAGCGGAGGCUGGAAAACGGCUAUGACGUCUACCACUCCCCGCAGCACCGCUUCCUCGUCAGCCUGGGCCGGCCCAAGAGGGCCUUCCUGCCAGGCACCAACCCCCCACCUUACUCCCAGUUCCUGUCUCGCAAGAACGAGAUCCCCCUCCUGCACUUCAACACCCCCAGGCCCCGGCGCCACACCCGCAGCGCCGAGGACAACUCGGAGCUGGACCCGCUGAAUGUGCUGAAGCCCCGGCCCCGGAUGACCCCCGCGCCCGCCUCCUGCUCCCAGGAGCUCCCGAGCGCGGAAGACAACAGCCUGGUGGCCAGUGACCCCUUGGGGGUGGUCAGAGGCAACAGGGUGAACACACAUGCUGGGGGGCUGGGCGUGGAGCGGUGCCGCCCCUUCCCCAGGUUUGUCUAGGCAAACAAGAAAGGGGCUCCUUCUAACCAAUCUUUCCCCAAACUAAACCAGCUUCAAGAGACUGACGCCUUUUACGCUCCAAGGAAGGGGCAGGUGGAGCUGAUGUGUGGAAUUAGCUUCUCUCCAUUCCCAUCCCCAGGAGGUCCCCUGAGAAUCUGACUUUGAGGCCUGAAUAAUGGGUUCCCAGCUUCCUUGCCCCACCUAUGGGUGAGGAUGAAUUAAGAAACCCCAUGGGUAACACAGAAAUUUCCCCUUCACCAAGGAGGAAAGAAGGGGUUGUGGGGUCCCCAGGCCCUCUUACUUGUCCCUAUGCCUCUCCUCAUCCGUUGAGCAUUUAAAGCAAGGCAAGGGUUUAGUGGCUUCACUGCACCCCAGGUUAAGGAUUCACCCCUCCUUGGGUUUCUGUUCUCCGCCUGGCAUUUGAGUUUGGCCUUUGACCUUGUAACCUUGACCUUGGGCAUGGACAGCUGAACUGGGCACAUUGAUGAAAAUCCUAAUCUCAAGUCUUUGGUCCUUCUUGAGUAUCACCGGAGAGUCUCCUAAAAGGUCAGUGGUUGGUGGUCAAAGCUCGACUAAAAUGCCCUGGAGAACAGAAUCGUGGUUAGAACACUCUCCCUUCACGACGCCCCUGCCAUGCUCUCUCCGGUCACGCAGCCAGAGCCGAGGGCCCAGGGUGCCCUGGGUGGCCCCACGUGGCCCCGACAGCCUGUCUCUUUGGCUUUAGGGAAUGGGACCUAAGUUUUUGAUACUGGC